AUGGUCGAGAUCCUGAUGGGCAGUUCUGGACAGCACGUCCAUGUGCUGGAGGAAGUGUCAGGGCCCUUUGCGUCGCUCUGGUGUGACAGAAGCCUGGACAGAGUCUUCAUGACAGAUAUGGGGAAGAACAUUAGUGAGCAGGAGCGGCUGGGCCAGCUGACGGAGGGCACGCUGGAGCGGCAGGAGGUGCUGCUGCAGCAGCAGCACGGCCUCCGCCAGUUCGUGGGCAGCAACCUGCGCGACCUGCUGCGCGAGAAGCAGCUCAUCGCCGCCGGCCACCGCGAGCUCGCCCGCAUGACUGAGGACGUCCGGCACAGGCUCGAUGCGGCCAAUGAGCAGCUGGACUCUCAGACGGCGGAGCAGCGUGCCAACCACGAGCAGCUGCUGGCUGACCUGACCACCAUCCAGCGCCAGGCAGCCGAGGUCUGGGCCCAAGUCGAGCGGAGCACGCGUGAGGUGCUGGACUACCAGCGGUCGGCGGCACGUCAGUACCGGCACUCGCUGGAGCGGCUGCGCAAGAUCAACGAGACGGUGGACUACUUGCUGCGACUGGUGGAGAACACGCGCUCCGAGCUGGACACCCGACUCGGCUGGGUCACCCGCCUUGCUGGGGAUGCAGGGGACGGUGUGGAGCGGCUGCUGUGCGCCGGACGGCACCUCCUGGUGCUGGUGGGAGGCGCGCUGGUGGCCGCUUUUGUGGGCGCGCCGCCCGCCUGCCGCGUGGCGCUCGCAGUACUGGUGCCCGCCAACAUCGCCACCGUCCUGCAGAAGGGCCCCGGCACCGCCCUCGACGUCUCGGCGGAGGUCGCUGUCGUCGGCCUCGUCGCAGUCGUGCAGUGGGCGUACAGCACGUAUCGGGCACGCCAGAAGCAGCUGACAUUGGCGUCUGGUGCGCCCCUCUCCCCGCCCCUGUUUGGGGGCCGGCACGGCACUCCGGCGCCAGCUCGUGACGCACACCUGCGGUACGGUCGGACGCCUCCUCAGAGUGGUGCGAGCCUGUGGGGCCGGAGCAGGUCUGCCGUCGCUGCACGGCUCACUGCCGUCUUCCGUGCCGUACUGAGACUGGUGCCCUCGUGGUUGUGGCCGCGAGCCAACACUCUGCACCUGUCGCCCCCGAAGCUGACGGGGGCAGGCAGCCCCACCUUCCCUCGAGAGGGCGACGGUGACCGCGACCGCGCAGACCCUCACAACUGCGCAGACUUCAGCGACGACGAGCUCGCCGGGGACGACGACGACGGCCUGUUCGUGAAGGACCCUCUGAGGGAGUCGACACCUGUCACGCAUUUCAGUUUGCACCGUUUCACUCGACAGCGUGCCCUGGACGAGAGCAGAUCGAGCAGCCUUUCUGGGAGCCGUGAGAGCCUGCACGGGCCUGUGAGCAGGGCACCCCUCACGACGGCCCUGAGAUACCGGUCGCCCGCCUAUUCUCCACCCACGCCGUCUGUCUCAUCUCGCGGGGGGACUCCCAGCAGUGGGAGCCGGCGGACGUGUGCAGCGGUGACGAGGACGGGCCUGCCGUGCCGUAACCCUGCUGGCGCUCUCUCGCCCUACUGCCACCGGCACGCCGAAUCUGACGGUGUGUCUGUGGUCGACAGCCCAUUCGCCAGGAGUCGGUAGCCCGGGGAGUGUGUGCCAUCAUUCCCAGGGAGCGAUACUUCAGUAGUUGAGUGGAAGAGCGAGGCAGCUAACAAUGAAGUAUUUCUCAACUGGAGGACCCUAGAAAUUGGAGCAGUUACAUAUUCCGCAAAGGGAAAUUGCGGGCGUUGAUUUAUUAACAGUUUCUGGUGCUGGUAAUAGCUUUGUGUCUGCUACCUGUGUGCAUUUCCUAACGUGCUCCGCAAUAAAAUGCCUUGUAACCCCUUAGCUAAAAAAAUAUCUCUCUCUCUCUCUCUCUCUCUCACACACACACACACACACACACACACACACACACACACACACACACACACACACAGCUGUAGAAAUGACCAUCAAACUUGAUAACUGGUGCUGAUUAAUUAAAACCAAAUGACAUUUUGUGUCUGGGCAUUUACAUCGAGUUGACAGUGGAUUUGUGUCAAUGUUCUAAUGUGCAUGCUCCUAUUCCAUUCUUUACAGUCAGUCUUCAACAUUUGCUGACCAUGAAACAAUGUAUGUCAGGAUUUUUGAAGAGGAAUGUAGGCGGGAUGUAACAUUUAACCUACAUGCGUACAGAUGGGAUUAUGUAGGCCAUUAAGCGAAUUUUGAAAUAAGUUUUGAGGCCGGUGGUUUUAACAUUGAGUGCCAGUAUCGUCACCUUAGCGUUUGAUACAAAACUUGCUGUGCAUGCGUGAUACUUGGUUUAAUAUACUACCAGUGGUCAUUUUUCGUUCUCAAAAUUAAAACACACUAUCCUGAAGCCUUGUAAGAACAUUACUGUUUCCAACUAUUGCUGUGACAGAGGUAGAAAAUGCUUUAACAGGGCAUUUGGAAUCUUAAUUUUAUAAUAUUUAUACUAUCACUGGUGUUGGGAAAGAGUAAAGAUUAUCUUCUGUCUCGAUCUCUCUAAUUUUCUUUGAUCCCAAAUGUAACCAUCCAGUGACUAUAAAAUUUGAAUAAAUGCUUCAGAGUUUCUCGCUGCAUCAGAUUUAUCAGGCUCGAGCUUUUGACGACUUAGCUGUCGCCAUCAGGAGAUAUUUACGUGGGCCGCAGGUACUUCAGUUGGCCAAUUUGUCACGGAGAUACAUCACAGAACUCCCCUUUGCUAAAAGAUAUUACAUCAAAGUCUGUGACUGAAGAGCAAUGGUAAUUUCAUUAGAUAGUGGAUGACUCACUUACCCCUCUGUUAUAUCCGUGAUAUAAUUUGGCCAACUUAAAUACCUAAUGGCCUACUGAAAUAUUUCCUGUCAGUGACAAUGGAGAAAGUCACCAAAAGCUUGAGACUUAUAAUUCUGACACUACAAGUACUCUGUAAAACACUAAUUCAAGAAUUUUACUAUGAAAAACUACAUUUAGCUAUAAAACUUCUGCAUGCAGUCUGAUAGCCAUUGAAAAUUAAUGCCAGCAGGGAAGAUGUCCCACUGUUAAAAAAAAGAGAAGAUAAUUAUUGGUCAGUUGCAACAAGAGGUUUUGGAGACAGUAUGAUAAGAACUUUCCUGACCAAGAUUUGUGCUGUAGUCCAUGUAUUUUGCUUCUUGGCAGUUUAGUUUUCUUAUUACUCUCCCAAAAAUACUUGUGGCAUAGCUGAAAAUACUGGCACUGCUGGUGCUUGUGAAAAUCUCAUUUUACUGAAGUAGUUUGUCUUUUUAUAGCUUUUCAAAUGCACAGCAUAUGGUGGGGGCUAGUACAGAAAUUGCUUGGAAAAGUUUAAAGUAUUAGUUUUUUUUUUCACAUGUACAUUUAUUUCACAUUUGGAUUCAUUUGUUAAUUUUCCUAUAUUUGAAACCUCGAUGGUUCCUCUUAUUCCCUACGACACAAUGAAUUUUAGAUUUACUGAGUUGAAACACAUCAGAGAAGCAUCUGGGUUCUCUAUCAUAUCUGUAUGAUUACUUGACCACUCUCUUGGAAACCUACGUACACUAAAGCCGCACUUUUUGGAAAUUUCUUCGAGUGAAGUGAGUAAAAUAGAUAUUAAACCUAUGAAUAUCGUGUUGUUACUUAAUGCAGAAAUGAAGCCCUGUUUGUUAAAAUUUGUUGGGAAACUCAUUUGUAAUUCUAGAAACAUUAAAUUUAAUUUAAUUUGAUGACAAGGUUCUGAGCAGGCAUAAAGUUUACAGUUUGUCUGUGUGUGCCUUUCUCACACUUAAAUUGGUUCAAUUUAACAGCAGCAUGCUUCCUUGUAUAUUAAGUGCUGUAUAAAAAUGAAAGAUAUUGGUAUUUUAAUAAAAGCUACUAGCAGAAGCUAGAUAAAGUUUUCAUAUAGUCAUCGCUCUCUAUUUUGUGUAACAUUCUUUGCUCAAAAUCAAAUUUCAGUACACUAAUAUUGAACUAUUCGCUAAAUGUGAAGUGGUUGUGUUACCAUCAGGAAGACACUACAUAACAUUUUGUAAUUGCGAUCUUUUUGUACUUAUAUACAUGCUCUAAGCAUUAUUUAAUUUACCAUCUCUUACAUAUAUUCUAUGUUUGCAAACAUUUUAAAAACUUUCAACAUUGUCCUUAUUAAAAAAUUGUUGGAAAAGACAGUGUGCCAAUUUCCGUUUCUGUAGUGUUUUAUCAUGUGCAUUUUGCAAAAUUUACCCUUAGUAAUUCUGUUUGUAAAUGAUCUUAGUUUUAACAGUAGCAGUUGUUGCUGUAGAAGCUUCUCUUGAAUUACUGUGAUUUAAUUCAUAUACUGGAGCAAUAACUAAUUGAACUUGUGAGACUGUGAUAUGUUUAUAUGUACUUUUGUGAAGCUCAGAAUGUGUGUGAUAAAAUUUGAAAAUUGAAGAGGGCUUUUGCUCCUAUUUUUUGCCUGAUGUACAAUUAAAGACAAAUACAUUUAAAUUAGUUUCUGUAAA